GCCGCCAUAACAGUUUUAUGGUGAAGGUUUGUUUUUUUAAGCUCCUCUGAGUCAAUACGACUUCCCAAUAGAUAACGUUGCACAGAUGUUGUGGCCGCUAAUGCAGCAGCUUGUUUGCAUGAGACAUCAUCUGCUCAGCAUGAACCUCAGCCGCUGGGACCGGUGUUGCGCCUUCGAGGCUCCCAUCCUGGACAGGGUUUUGCCGCCGAUCCUGGUGGUAGAGUUCAUCUUCGGCCUGAUGGGGAACUUUGUGGCUUUGUGGAUGUUUAUCUUCCACAUGGACGAGUGGAAGCCCAACUCCGUGUACCUGACUCACCUGGCCGUGGCCGACUCAGUGGUGCUCUUCUGCCUGCCCUUCCGGGCCGACUACUACUGGCGUGGGAAGCACUGGCUCCAUGGUGACGCCCUGUGCCGCGUGCUUCUCUUCCUGCUCGCUGCCAACCGGGCGGCAGGCAUCUUUUUCCUCACUGCCGUGGCCGUGGAUCGCUACUUGAAGAUCGUGCACCCGAGAAACCGCAUCAACCGCAUGGGUCUGGCCUACGCACUCUGGGUCUCUGUGGGCCUGUGGGGUCUCAUCUUUCUGGCCACGGGCUACCUCCUGGCAGAGCAGCACUUCUUCCACUCGGGCAACCGUACCCAGUGCGAGAGCUUCAACAUCUGCAUGGGCUUCAGCCCGCUCUCCACUUGGCACAACGCCUUCUAUGUGCUGCAGUUCUUCUUGCCCUCCACCAUUGUGGCCUUCUGCACCGUCAGGAUCACCUGGCAGCUGAAGAGUCGCAUCUUGGUGGACAAGAAGGGAAAGAUCAAGCGGGCUGUACGCUUUGUCCUGGCCGUGGCCUUGAUCUUCAUCACCUGCUUCUUCCCCAGCACAAUAUCACGCGUGGCCGUGUGGGUGCUCAAGAUGCGCUAUGACGAGUGCCGACACUUUGAGGAAUCCAACCUGGCCUUCUACACCUCUGUGUGCUUCACCUACUUCAACAGCGUGCUCAACCCCGUCGUCUACUACUUCUCCAGCCCGGCCUUCAGCGGCACUCUGAGCAAGCUCCUCAACAAAGUACUGCACAAGAAAGGCGACCAGGACCAGCUGCAUCAGUCUGGAAGCGGAGUUUCUUCCAUUGAAGGUCAAAGAUUGUAAAGCUCAUUUUGGUGAAAAGCUUGUUUUUAGCUUGCUACAUUUGCAGGAAAAGUGCUUUUUGUUUAACAGUGGCAGGGAUUUAUUCAUUGUGAACAUUUCUGAAAGUGGAACAUCUGCUAAAAUGGCAUCAUUUGGAGUUUUAGCAUGUCCUUUUUUAAAACAGGAAUGGCAAAUAGGAGAAAUGUGACGAUAACCACAGAAUCUGCUGCAAUACUGUGUGGCUACUCAUUACAAUAUAAACAAUACAGUUAAUAAAAUAGUAGUUACAAUGUUAGUUUCUGCUUGGUAAAAAAAUAACCCAAAUAGCAUGGAAAAUGAUGCCAGUGAAUAAUUGCUUGUUUUACAUUGAACUGUUAGCAAUUACAUUAUCUUAUACAGAAAUAAUUUACUGAAUCUUAAA